CCCCCAAGAAGAAGUUUAUUUCUUGUAUGUCUAUGCAUAUAUCGUGAUUAAGUGUGCGAAGUGAACAGUGCAAACGUAAACGUCAUUAUAAGUACCUAACUACCUAUAAUUAGCGUCGUUAAUAUGAAACAGUAAUGUGAUAUUACUUUAAACAUUCUAAUCUCACAUCAACGCAAUUACGUAGUUUUGCAGCCUUUAAACGCAGCGUAAUUCUUUUUCCAUAACAUUUUUUAGUUUAUCGUAGAUAUUCAUUUACAAUAUUUUUUUUAUAUUCUCAAGCUUGAAAGCUUUUUUCGAGAAAGAUCGCUAUCUACAAGCAAUUGAUAUAGUAUUAGCCAAUUCGAGGACAAAAUGUUCACAUCUGUAGUGAAUAUUAAUCAAGUACCAACUGAGAUAAUUGCCUAUAACUGCUGGAUAGAAGAAGUAGGACUGGAUAUAAAUGGCAAAAAAGACAUAGUCAUUUUAAUAACAGGCAAUCCUGGUGUUCCGGCUUUUUACAAAGAAUUUGCAUCACAACUUCAAUCAAUGCUACCUACAGAUGUGCCAAUCUGGAUUAUUGGGCACACAGGUCAUGCUAUUAAUCCAGAGGACAAUGUUAACCACUCUUAUCCUGAUUUAAAAACUCACUCACACUUGUAUAACUUAAAUGGAAAUUUGGAGCACAAAGUACAAUUUGUAAGAAAAUAUUCACCUGCAGAUGCUAGGAUUCACCUAAUAGGACAUUCCAUUGGUGCAUGGUUUGUUUUGAAUUUAUUGAAGAACAAUGACAUUGAAAAAAAAGUAUCCAAGUGUUACCUACUGUUUCCUACUCUUGAGAGACUAGCAGAAACUGUUAAUGGAAAAUUUUUAAUUAACUUUGCUUUAAGGAUAUCAUUUAUACUUGUAUUCUUAUCAUGGAUAUUUACUCUAUUUCCUUAUUUUUUACAAGCAUCCUUAAUCAGGAUAUUUGGAUUUUUCUAUGGAAUACCAUCAAAGCUGGAUGAUGCUAUCUUACAAUUAGUAAGUCCCUUGCCUGUACAAAGUGCCUUUUUCUUAGGAGAAAAUGAAAUGCAUCAAAUAAAAAAUAGGAAUGAUUCCACAAUAUCUCAACACAAAAACAAGCUUUAUCUGUAUUAUGGCAUGAUGGAUGGCUGGGUACCAAUUCGAUAUUACGAAGACUUGAAAAAAAGAUUUCCCGAUAUAGAUGCUCAUCUGUGUAAAAGAAGCUUUCGUCAUGCAUUUGUUUUGCAGGAUUCUGUCGAAAUGGGACAAAUGAUUGGAGAUAUGAUCAAUAAGUCCAUCGACUCAACCUGAUUAUUCCUCACAUUUAAAAUUUUAUUUGAAUGCAAUAUAAAUGCAUUUUUUAUGUACAGAAUGCAUAUUUUGGAAACUAUUAAUGCCUUGAGAAGACUGGAAUAUUUAAUUUCAAAGGUCCUUAUACUCAGCAAUACAGACUUUACGAAGAGAAAAAUGCUCAAAGUUGUGAUCAAAUGAUUUUUUAGUAUUAAAGUUUACUGCUACAUGCUACCAGAAUCACAUUAAAUUUUUUUGUAUAAUUGAAUCAUUACUUAAUCAGUAUUAUAUGAGAACAUUGUUAUCACAAAAAUUUAU